UUUUUGCAGUUAUUUUUGGUUUUGUUUCUGUUUUUCCACUCACUUCUGUCGUCUCUUACUAUUCUCACCCAAAACUCCAAAACCAUCCUCAAUUUGCCAUCACUCAAUACCACCGACCUUCCACCUCCGGCUACUCGGCACCGUCCUUCCUUCUUUCGUAAUCAUUUAGUUCUGGGAUACCUGAAAUACACUGUACAUAGCGCUAUCAAUGAACCCAGUUCCUUUUCAAUCUGCACUGCCGCCACAACCACUUCUUGAACCUAUGCAGUUUCCAACAUUACCAGCUGAACCACCGAAUUCGAGUUCCUUUUGGGAGAACAGAAAUGUGUGUGAUCGGCUCAGGGAAUUGCAAGAUACUCUCAAUCUUGCAAAGAGAAUGCAAAAGGAACUAGAACUGUUAAAGACGAUCAAAGAAAGUGAAGGGUCUUUAGAAGAUAUAACUGCUGGCUCAAACGAAACUUAUCUUUUUAGUUUUCUGAAGUGUGUAGAGGACAGAAGCGUUAGUGUAGAAAACCAAGAAGCAUUGGCUGUUGAAGCAGCAAAUUCUUUAAUGUUAAAACUAAGAGCUCAGCUGGAGCCAUUCAGAUAUGUUGCGGAUGAAGUGAGUCCAUGGGAAGAAAAAUCAGCGGUGGCUAGGUUUACUAAUAAAGUGCAUAAGUCUAAACGGAAUAAACUCCGGAGAAAGAAAAAAAGGAAGCAUACUGCGGAAAUGCUUGCAAAGGAGCGUGAUCAAUUUGACCAAAUUGACCGAGAAGCUGAUGAAUGGAGGGAUAGGGAAAUUGCCAAGGAAAUUGCAAGUAGCAAGGUCACAAAGAUGAAAGAAAUUGCUAAGCUUAAAGCCAAAGAAGAGAAGAAGAAACUAGAGUCUGAGCUUGAGUUGCUCUUGGUGGUGGAGAAACUUCAAGAAUUACGCUCCAUACGGAUACAAAAGAUGAAAAAACAAGGCCAUUUUCUCCCAGAGGAGGAUGACAAGUUUCUUGAGAGAGUUCAGGCUGCAGCGGAAGAAGAAGAGCGUGAAGCUUUGGCUGCAGCUGAAACAGAUGCUGCUAAAGAUGCAAUUGCAACUGCUGAGGAAUCCAGGAAAGCUAUUAAGAACCAAGAGAAACUUUCAAAAGGAAGUAAUACUGAAAGUGAAAUUAAGGAGAACAACGAGCAAAUAGUUCAUGGUGGAACAGAAGAGGGAUUUGUUGCAACUGAUGAGAAGAAACCUAGUGAAAUAGCAUCCGAAGGACAGAACUAUGGAGGAGCUUAUGAUCCUUUGGCAAAUUUGCCUAUUGAGUUUUAUCAUUAUUAUCAUGGAAGCAACAAUGACAUGGGCACAUUGAUCCAGGUUAGAAGAGAAUGGGAUGCCUAUAUCCAGCCUGGAGGAAGUCGCAUACCAGUGCGCUGGGUUCAGCCUCCUCCUCCAGCCAAUGAGAUAUGGGCAUCUUACUUGGUUAGGUCUAAAUGAUUAGCUUGUAAAACCAUCAUCAGUGCACAAAGAUUUCUUCUGAACAUGUUUUGAAGGUUUGAACGGUGUUCCUAGCAAGCCCAAGUUUGAAUGAUAUUCCUGCCAAGCCCGACACUAAUACAACGACAACAACUUUAUCCUACUAAGUAUGGUCGAUUUGGUUAGCUACAUGGAUCACCAUGUCAUAAUAUCCGAAACUCAUAAUCAUCAUGUCUUUUGAGGUUGACAAUCAUAAUUGUUGAAUGUGCUGGGUAAUGAAAGAAAAUACUUUUGGAAAAUUAUAACACUAGAGAUUUACAAUUAAAUGAGAGUUGUACAAGUCUUUUAUUUCUGCUUCAUAAUAAUAGUGAUUGAAGUGAUUUUAAA